UUGUCACGCGCAGUCCGUGAGAUGCAGAGAACAGCGCAGCAGGGUUUGGACACAACAGUCUAUAUUCCAUAGUUUCUACUAGAACGCAGGAAUUGUGGGAAAGCGGUUACUUUUCGAUAUAAGUGUUGCCUUCGAUUUGCUGUGGAAUUCGUCCUUCGUGCAGGCUAAGGGACUCAGUAACCUCACCUUUAUUGGUUGCCAUGGCAGCCAAGGCAUCCAAAGGGAAGUGGGAGGCCCUAAAGGAGCACCUGACCAGCAGCCCCCCAGACCCAGAUGCUCACCUAGAGGCCAACUUGGAGAACGCAGAUCCAGAGCUAUGCAUACGACUGCUACAGGUACCCACGGUGGUCAACUACUCAGGGCUGCGGAGGCGUCUGGAGGGGAGUGACCAGGACUGGAUGGUGCAGUUCCUGGAGCUCAAUGGGCUGGAUCUGCUGAUGGAGGCCCUGGAGAGGCUGUCUGGCCGGGGUUGUGCCCGCAUCGCUGACGCCAUCCUCCAGCUCACCUGUGUGGCCUGUGUGAAGGCAGUGAUGAACUCCUCCGCUGGGCUGCACUUUAUACUGGACAAUGAGGGAUACGUCAGGACCCUGUCACAAGCACUGGACACGUCCAACACCAUGGUGAAGAUGCAGGUGUUUGAGCUGCUGGCAGCCCUCACCAUGUUCAACCCACAGGGACACCACCUGGUCAUGGACGCCCUGGAUCACUAUAAAAGUGUGAAGAUCCACCAGUACCGCUUCAGCGUCAUCAUGAACGAGCUGCAUGCGACGGACAACGUGCCCUAUAUGGUCAUCCUCAUGAGUGUGGUCAACGUGAUCAUCUACAGGGUACAGGACCUGAGGAAGAGGGACAAACUACGCAAAGAGUUCAUCGGGCUACAAUUACUGGAUUUACUUCCAAAACUGAGGGAGACGGAUGAUGUGGACCUGAACAUCCAGUGUGAGACCUUUGAGGACACCAUGGCAUAUGAUGAUGCUGAGAUGGAGAGCAUGUACGGAGGUAUUGACAUGAGCAGUCACCAGGAAGUCUUCGCCAUACUCUUUAACAAAGUGAGUAGCUCCCCUGCCUCGGUGCAGUUGCUGUCCAUCCUGCACGCGCUGUUGUUGUUGGGGCCGGAACACAGCGAGGUGUGGCUGGCCCUGGAGGCCCUGGCUGACCGUGCUAGUCUGCUGGCACAGGAACCUGAAGUUGACUCCACCGAGCGCUUGAUGGAACGUCUGGUGUCCUCCAAGGCUCAGCAAGGGUUACCUAAGGUCAAGGUCAAGACCACAGACAGGGGCGUUCAGAUAGACCUGAGAGAAAGAUUGACCGAUCAUUUAGUCGUCCUCGUUAAAGGAUCUACCUCCCCUGUUCCCACUGCACCCCCCCCUCCUUCUCCUCCUCCACCACCACCACUACAAGGCAUGGCAGCUUUCGGCACACCCCCACCCCAACCUCCGCCCCCACCACUUCUUGGCUUCUCUGGGAUGCUGCCCCCUCCCCCUCCCCCGCCUCUCCCCGGUCUCCCUCCUACCCAACCUCAUCUACCAGGGAUGGGGUAUGGGAGUCCACCGCCUCCCCCACCCCUGCCUGGCAUGGGUCCCCCCCCACCACCACCCCUACCUGGCACAAUGGGUCCCUACCCACCACCACCACCCCUGCCUGGGAUGGGUCCCCCACCACCACCACCCCUGCCUGGGAUGGGUCCCCCACCACCACCACCCCUGCCUGGGAUGGGUCCCCCACCCCCACCACCACUGCCUGGUAUGGGCCCCCCACCUCCCCCUUGUGGCGGUGACAUGAUUAUGGCCCAGAGUGUGCAGACGCUGGGCCGAUCCUACUAUGCCCCUCCACCCAAGGCGGGCCGCUGCCCCACACUACGCAUGAAGAAGCUCAACUGGCAGAAGCUGCCAUCCAGAGUGGUGACUGACAGUCACUCCAUGUGGACAUCGGUACAGUCAGAUUCUCUGGAGCCUGACUACUCCAGUAUUGAGGAGCUCUUCUGUCUGCCAGUGACAGAGUCAAAGGCCAAAGGCAGCGCCCCUGCGGUCAAAAAGGAGCCCAAAGAGAUUUCUUUCAUCGAUGCCAAGAAAAAUCUCAACCUGAACAUAUUCUUAAAACAAUUCAGAUGCUCACAUGAGGACAUUGUGGCCAUGAUCCAAAAAGGGGACCGCUCCAAGUUCGAUGUGGAGGUGCUGAAACAGCUACAGAAGCUACAACCAGAGAAGCAUGAGAUGGAUAACCUCACGUCCUACCAGGGAGAGAGACAGAAGUUAGCUGGUGUGGACCAGUUUUAUCUCCAGCUCCUAGCUGUUCCUUGCUAUGCCCUGAGGAUCGAGUGCAUGUUGCUGUGUGAGGAGAUCAGCUCAGUGUUACAGAUGAUGCAGCCUAAAGCCGAGCUGCUGGAUGAGGCCUGUGAGAGUCUGAGGGUGAGCACUCGACUGCCAAGCUUCUGCAAGCUCAUUCUGGAUGUUGGAAACUUUCUUAACUACGGGAGCCACACGGGGAACGCGGAGGGCUUCAAGAUCGGAACCCUGCUAAAGCUCACUGAGACCAAGGCCAAUAAAAGUCGCAUAACUCUGCUCCACCACAUCCUACAGGAGGCGGAGCAGAACCAUGAUGACCUCUUGAACCUUCCAGAUGAUUUGGAGAUCUGUGAAAAGGCUGCUGGUGUGAAUCUGGAGUCUAUCCAGACUGAGGUGAGCUCGCUCAUCAAGCGAUUGAAAGAUUCAGAGAAGAAGGUGGCUUCCUCUUCUGUGGAGGACAUCAAGGAGCAGUAUCUAACGGCAAUGCAGGGAAGCCUGGAGGCCUGCAGGGAGCUGGAGGAGAGGUUUUUCUCCAUUGACAGGAAGAAGGAGGAUCUGGCACUGUAUCUGUGUGAGGACUCAUCCCGUCUCUCUCUGGAGGAGCUGUUCAGCACUAUAAAGACCUUCAGGGGACUCUUCAUCAAAGCUCUCAAGGACAAUCAGACCCGCCGAGAGCAAGCCAUCAAGGCAGAGAAGAGGAAGAAACAGCAGGAGGAGGAGGAUUCCAAGCGACCAAGAGGGGAUAACGGGAAGAUAAUUCGUAAAGCCCCCCCAGUCCAAGAAGAGGGCUGCAUAAUCGACCACCUGCUGUCUGACAUCAGGAAGGGCUAUGCACUGAGGAAGACCAGGCCCCGGGCUGACAGGACAAGCCUGCCCUCUGCAGACAAGAAAAGGGACAGCAGUCUGCCGGAGCAGGGCACACAGCCUGAGGGAUUGUCUGCUAUAGAUGCUAAAGAUGGAGAUGAAGUUGAAAAGGUGACAUCACCCAAUGACCAAAGACAACAAGACAGAGAUUCAGUCGUAGGGGAGUCCUCAUCCGGCCUCCCCACACACCCAUCACUCAUAUCACGUUCACCCGAAACCUUAGGCCCCUCAGACCUCCAUACCACCACCACCAAGGACCAGGGAACCUGUGAUCACACACAGAGUGAGGACCUCAAACCUGGGAUGGAUUCCUUGGCUGACCGCCUGGUCGAGGAGGAGUCCCCAGAGGUGGAGAGGGUUAAGGCUGCUGAUUCAGAGGUUGAGGAUGUGAACAGGAAUGCAUUCUCAGCUGGUGGGGAUGUUCCAAAGAGCGGAGACACAGAGAUAGAUGGGAACCAGGAAAGUGGAGCUGAUGGAAAGGGGUUAGAGGAGAGUCAAUCAUCAGAGUCCCCCUCAAACACAGCUGCUGGUGACGCAGAGCCCAAACCACAGGCACAGAAACGAGAGGAUACUAAGAGACAUAGAGAAGGCUUUUCAGAAUCCCAGAAACACCAUCCACUAACCCUGCAUGGAUCUAACCAGGUCAUUGGUGGGGCGUCAGGUAGCCUAGUGGUUAGAGCUUUGGACUAGUAACCGAAAGGUUGCAAGAUCAAAUCCCUGAGCUGACAAGGUGGACGCAAGAAGAAGGACAAGGCCAAAGGCAAAAAGAAACAAUGACUGUUGACGGCAUCUUCCAGUGCUCCACCCCUGUCUGCCAAACAAAUACUAUGGUAUACAUUAACAUUAUACUGUACUUACAAAUAUCUAUAUCAGCCAUGCAUGUUUUUCAUACUUUUUUCAACGAACCUAGGUGAUGCUUGUUUUUCAAAAUGGAGACUUCCUUAUUAACCCCCUAUAGUGGGGUCUUUGUAUGAUUUACUACAUCAAUAACAGGAUUUGACAAUGAUAUGACAGGAACUGCUUUGCAACCAACCCCAGGAAGUAUGGAUGAUAAUGAUGGGAUAAUUUGCAUGUUACAAUUUCAUCAUGGACAUUCAAUGUAUUGGACACAAUUUCAUUGAAAUAUUAUACAUUAAUUGACAAUAAUCAACAUGUCUAUGUAUAGAAUGUUUCAAUUUGAUACUGAGACAAAUGUUUACAGUAGGUCUACAUGUUAUGUUUACUUGUUGAUACAGACUCUCAUUUAAUUUGGCAAAUAGAGGGCCCCUCAUUUAAUUUAGCAAAUAGAGGGCCCCUCAUUUAAUUUAGCAAAUAGAGGGCCCCUCAUUUCAUUUAGCAAAUAGAGGGCCCCUCAUUUCAUUUGGCAAAUAGAGGGCCUCUUUUGCCUACAGCCAAGCAUUGUUGUAAUGACUGUAAUGAAUAUUGGUUCAUGAUCAGUUAGCCAUUAAAUAUAAAGGUAACAGCAUAGAUAGACCAUAAUAAUAAACUCACCUGUUUUUCCAGACACAACAAUGUUAUAGUGAUAAUUUGCUCUAGUCUCUUUUGUAACAGUUAUUGUUUCUUAUCGCACUCUGCAUUAACACUGUCAUUUAAAAAAGGCUAUGCUAAUCAGGGAUUUAGUAGGCUAUAAAAAUACUCUAAAUACAAUAAAAUUAUCUGAUACACUCCCA